AGUUACAGAAGUACUCAGAUUUCUGGGUUUAUUGUGUCUAUUUUAUGCCCAUGUAGGCAGCAGUUGUUCCUGAACAGUCUGGAUUCUGCAACUGGAGGCUGAUACAAGGCAUCAUGAAGCUGGAGACUCCAGAAACCUUUGAAGACGUUGCUGUGGACUUCUCAGUGGAGGAAUGGAAAAUGCUGACCAAAGGGGACAAACUGCUAUACCAGGAGGUGAUGGUGCAGAAUUUUGAUCACAUGGUGUCUAUAGGAUAUAAUGUACCACUAGAACAACUGUUGUCAUAUAUUGAAAAACCUGGUGAACUUCCAUUUCAUGAGAAGGUAGAAGAUAUGACUGUGCUUCAGACCGAUCUUCCUGAAGCCCCACUAAGCAUCAACAGGUGUGUGAAUCACAUUGAACUUCAAAAUAAUCAGUUAUCAGUCCAGAAUCAUCUCAACUCUAAGUAUGACUUUCCAGUUACAAUACAAACACACAUUGAAGAGAAAACGUAUGUUGGUAGUUUUGCAUUUAAACCUGCUAUUAAACUACAACAGAGAAUUCACACUGGACAUAAACUCUGCAAAUGUUAUACAUGUAAUAAAAUCUUUAUACAUAAGAAGACCCUUUUAGCACACAAAAAAAUACACACCAUCAAGAAACCUUAUAAAUGUGAAAUAUCUGCCAAGAGUUUUGCAUGGAAAGCUAACGUUUUAACACAUGGAAAAGUAAACACAGGAGAGAAGCCAUAUAAAUGUGCUUUGUGUGGCAAAAGUUUCAAAUGGAAAAACAGCCUCUUAGCACAUCUGUAUAUACACGUGGGAGUGAAACCAUAUAAAUGCAUCACAUGUGGCAAGAGUUUUACACGAAAGUGUGCCCUUUCAAUUCAUGAAAGAGUUCACUCUGGAGAGAAGCCAUACAAAUGUUUCACUUGUGGUAAGUGCUUUACACAGAAAAAUCACCUUUCAACACAUGAGAAAAUACAUACUGGAGUUAAGUCAUACAGAUGUGGUACAUGUGGCAAGAGUUUUACACAAAAGGUUACUCUUUCAAAACAUGAGAAGCUACAUACAGAGAAUCGAUGUAAAUGUGCCAGAUGUAACAGGACUUUUACAGACAAGACUGAACUUUCAGCACAUGAGAAAAUACAUACUAAAGAAAAACCAUAUACAUGCAUCAUUUGUGAGAAGAGAUUUAUAAGGAAGCAUAAACUUUUAGCACAUGAGAAAAUGCAUGUAGUAGAAAAGCCAUAUAAAUGUGCCACUUGUGAUAAGAAUUUUCCAUCAAUGACUAGCCUUUCAGUACAUGAGAAAGUGCACAACACAGAAAAGCCAUAUAAAUGUAACAAAUGUUACAAGAGUUAUAAAAUGAAAACUACCUUUGAAAAUCAUCAGAAACUACACACAGGAGAAAUUAAAAGAAGAGUCAAGCAAUAUAAAUGUAUUGACUGCAGUAAGUGCUUCACACAACUUGGUAGUCUUCAGUUACAUCAUACCAUUCACACAGGCAUGCAGCCAUAUAAAUGUACUGAAUGUGGUAAGUCUUUCACACGUGCCAGUGGCAUGAAAAGGCAUCAAGUCAUUCACACAGGACUGAAACCAUAUAAAUGUACUGAAUGCAGUAAGUGUUUCACACAACUCGGUAGUCUUCAGUUACAUCAUACCAUUCACACAGGCAUGCAGCCAUAUAAAUGUACUAAAUGUGGUAAGUCUUUCACACGUGCCAGUGGCAUGAAAAGGCAUCAAGUCAUUCACACAGGACUGAAACCAUAUAAAUGUACUGAAUGCAAUGAGUGUUUCGCACGGCAAAACAAUCUUCGACAGCAUCUUCUGAUUCACAAGGGAGGGUCCGAAUGGAGAGAUGAAAAGUCAGCAAGCAAAGGGGAGUAGUAGUGCCGAAAUUGAAUUCAUCCUCAAGUCUAGGUGAGUACCUUCACGAGGUGGACCUUGUUUUCACAGAAAUCUCACCAAGGAGACACUGAUAUAUGGACUGUAUUUAUAUAGCAUAUAUCAUGGACAGAAGUAGGUCAAAAACUAAAAAAGA